AUGGCCGCCGUCAAUGAUAUUGAGCGCAGCGACGAUGUACGCCGUCCCAGUGUCGCGAUACCUCAGCCUUUUCCCUCACAAGCACAGACAAUGACACCGACCGCGCUUGAUGUGGUCUUUGACCCAACACCAGCAAUUGCGAUAGAUCCAAUUGCUCUCAUUACUCAGGAAUGCAUAACGAUCACGUCUGCCAUGCGGAAACAUGCCCGCUGGGCACAGUCUUCAGUGUCUGCCAUUCUGGGUGGAGGCGCCACAAGAUUGCAAGAGAAGGACUUUCUACGCUCCUCCUCGCAAAGUCGCAGGAGCGGUAAAGGACCUGUGAUACUCGACCCUGGCAUGGCCAGGCUGAACGUCCCCAACACCUCAGACGACGAAAACUCCAGCUUGGCUAGUCGAUGGGGGCUGCGAGGUCGAAAGGGCAAGAGCAUGCAGGAUAACCCCUUGCUGACUGCCUUUGCGCGUCUCAGAAGAGACCUGGCCGGCUGUCGAGAUGUGGCUGCCGUGGAUGCCCCCGAGUUGUUACACCCUUUCCUACAGGUCAUACGCAGUUCCUCCACGAGCGCCGCGAUUACUAGUCUGGCGGUGAUAUCAAUCACGAAGUUCUUUGCGUACAACAUUAUCACGGUUCGGUCACCACGAAUCUCUCAGGGUAUGCACCUUCUUAGUGCGGCCAUCACCCACUGCCGGUUCGAAGCUAGUGACACGGCGGCGGAUGAGGUCGUCCUCCUGCGCAUUCUGAGGCUCAUGGAGUUGAUCAUAUCCAGGCCAGAAGGCCAGCUGCUGGGUGACGAGAGUAUCUGCGAGAUGAUGAGCACGGGUUUAAGCAUGUGUUGCCAGUCACGGCUGUCAGAGGUUCUCAGAAGGUCUGCUGAGAUGGCCAUGGUCACUAUGUGUCAGGUGGUGUUUAGCAGACUGAAGUCCUUGAAGGUGGAAGAGAUACCGAAGUCACGGAGUCGGUCGAACACGAGAACGACUUUGCUGAGUGCUGCCGAAGAAUUGAAGAUCGAACCGCCCAUGACGGGCAGCGUCAUGGGAAAUAGUGAACCGGAGAGACCGAGUGUUGACGUCGACGGACGAUCCAGUGUCGACGACGGCACUGGAUCCAAGCUUUCCAAAGAUCCGCAAAAUACCACCGCACCGGCAAAGGAAGAUGAGUUCGAUGAUGUGGAGCCUUACGCCCUACCGUCAAUCAAAGAGCUCUUCCGCGUUCUAAUCGACCUUCUUGACCCACACGACAGAACACAUACGGACGCAAUGCGAAUCAUGGCCCUCAGAAUUAUUGAUGUUGCUCUUGAAGUUUCUGGGCCCUCGAUUGCGAAACAGCCUGUUCUGGCAGCACUAGUCCAGGAUGACCUUUGCCGCCAUUUAUUCCAGCUCGUUCGAUCGGACAACAUGGUCCUUCUGAACAGCUCUCUACGUGUCGCUGGCACAUUGCUGGCUACAUGUCGACAGCUGCUUAAGCUGCAGCAAGAGCUGUUCCUUUCGUACUUGGUGGCUUGUUUGCAUCCCCGUGUGGAUAUUCCGCAAGAACCAGGAAUCGAUCCGUCGCUGUAUGAGGGUGUGCCUCAGUCUCCUAAAUUGGUGAAACCAGCACCAUCGCAGCCAAGCAGUGGUCGGUCCACCCCGGUGCCGAUCAAAGACAGGCAAAAGCUGGGUCUAGAAGGCGGUACUAGAAGGCCCGAAGCCAGGGAAGCAAUGGUUGAAAGUAUUGGCACCUUGAUUCGCAUCCCGGGUUUCAUGGUGGAGCUCUUCCUCAAUUAUGACUGCGAAGUGGAUCGGCAGGACCUCUGUGAAGAUAUGGUUGGGCUUCUUUCGCGAAAUGCUUUCCCAGAUUCCGCUACUUGGAGCACGACAAAUGUGCCACCGCUGUGUCUGGACUCGCUGCUGAGUUUUGUCCAGUUCAUUGCCGAGCGACUUGAUCAUGAAAUGCCAGCAUGGGCGCCUGAGCGGAUAGACAAGUUGCGUUUGCAACGAACAAGGAAGAAGAUCAUCAAAAGUGGUGCGUCCAAAUUCAACGACGAUCCGAAAGCAGGUGUGGCAUAUUUGGUCAGGAACAGCAUUAUAGAAAACCCAGAUGAUCCUGUACAGGUGGCUCAGUUUUUGAAAGGCACCUCUCGUGUCUCUAAAAGGGUUCUAGGGGAGUUUUUGACCAAGAAGUCAAAUGAACCGCUGCUGAUAGCCUUCAUCGGGUUAUUUGAUUUCGAAGACAAACGCAUUGACGAGGCUCUUCGGGAAGUCUUGGGAUCUUUCCGCCUUCCUGGUGAAGCUGCACUUAUCGAACGAAUCGUCAAUAAUUUCACCGAGAAGUACUGCAGGACGGUCGCCUCCGAGGAGAUUGCAGACAAGGAUGCUGCUUUUGUCCUCGCUUAUGCGAUUAUCAUGCUGAACACCGAUCUCUACAAUCCUAACGUCGCGAAGACACAAAAGCGAAUGUCUUAUGAGGACUUUGCGCGAAACCUUCGAGGCGUUAACGCAGGCAAGGACUUUUCCCCAGAGCUACUGCAGGAUAUUUACGAAGCCAUCAAAGAGAACGAGAUCAUUCUCCCGGAUGAGCACGAAAACAAACAUGCCUUUGAAUACGCUUGGAAGGAGCUUUUGCUGAAGACGCACAACGCUGGAUCUCUGGAACUGUGUAACUCCAACGCCUUCGAUGCAGAAAUGUUCAAGGCUGCUUGGAAGCCAAUAGUGGCGACUCUGUGUUACGUAUUCAUGUCGGCUUCCGAUGAUGCCGUUUUCUCCCGAGUCGUGGUUGGUUUCGAUCAGUGCGCGCAGAUCGCGGCAAAAUAUGGGAUCACUGAAGCGUUUGAUCGCAUUAUCUACAGCGUCAGUCAUAUCAGCGGGCUGGCGGCAGAAGUCCCUCCAAGCACUUCCUUGAACACGGAAGUUCAAGUUGGGAAGAAGAGGAUCAUGGUCAGUGAAAUGGCCGUGAGGCUUGGGCGAGACUUUCGCGCCCAGUUAUCGACCGUAUUACUAUUCAGAAUAUUGCAGGGUCAUGAAGAUGCCGUUGGGGAGACUUGGAUUUACGUCGUACGUAUCUUGAGGAACCUGUUUGUCAACUCUCUCAUCACAUUGCCAAAGUUCGAGCAAAAUAGAUUUCACAGCCUUGGCCCGAUACCUUUACAACCACCAUCACAAGUCAUCGACCGAGAUGGUCGACUCAGCGACAGCGGCAUCUUCUCAACGUUUACCUCCUACCUCUCAAGUUAUGCCGCCGACGAUCCCCCGGAGCCUUCGGAAGAAGAACUGGAGAACACACUUUCAUGUGUCGACUGUGUGAAGGCAUGUCGACCUGAUACUGUCCUGCAGCAUGUGGCCUCGCUACCCGCUUCCCAAAUCAAGAGGGUCGUGUCCGCUCUGCUGUCGCAGAUGGAAGAAAUGUCCCCGGUCGUGACCGUCAAGCCUGAACGCCCUAUCCCUGUUACUGUGAGGGUCAAUGGCCACCGCAUGCCGAAAGCUGGACCGGAGUAUGAUCCUGGCUCGGUGUUUUUACUCGAGCUGGCGACGCUGCUCACCUUGAGAGACGAGGAAACGAUUGCUGCAGCCGGAGAGCAACUUACCGGCUCGCUACAGAAUGCAGUCAGAGAUGCUGCAAAUCUCCAUCCUCUUGCAGCGUCUAGAGUCGUGCAUUACCUUCUUGAAUUAUUGCGGUAUAGCUACACCCACGACUUCAUGCGUGCCCCCGUCGUUCUACACGCGAUUUCAAGCUUCGACGACGCUGUGCUCGACCGAACCGCCUCCACCGUAAUCCAAGGACUCUCUAAUGCUAUUGGUUCUCCUUCUGCCCUACGCAAUGAGAUCACGAAAUCCCCCGAUUUCUGGUCGACAUUGCAGCGUCUACAUCAGCACAAGACAGAAGCAGAGCAUGUUUUCGACAUUUUGACGCUCCUUUCUACUCCGUCUCCGAGCAAGGCACCAGACCAGCAAGCGCUGACCGCAGAUAACUUCGAAUCAGCCAUUUCCCUUGCCAAUGACUUUGCGUCUGCUGGCUCGAUCGGCUCCAUCCAAGAAAAGCGCCGUGACUUUGCUGCGAAACACGGUCGGCAAGCCAAGCCUGCAAAACCGGAAGACAUUGUGGUCGUUCAGCGGGCGAACAAAGCCAUUGGGCUGAUCUAUCAGCUGACUGGUCGUGUCACAGGUUUGAUCGACCAAAGUCAUCUGGAGAGGAAUGAAGCUUGGGCUGCGUAUUGGAGUCCGAUCUUUCGAGCCCUGUGCUCGCAGUGUGUUAACCCGUGUCGUGAAGUAAGACAUCGUGCGUUGUCUGCGUUGCAGCGCACGUUGCUCUCCGAGAUGGUGGCAGAUGAGAAAGGUGCUGGAAAGGACCAACAUCCCGCAUGGACAGCAAUAUUCGAUGAGGUAUUGUUUCCGCUUACGCUUAGGUUGCUGAAGCCCGAGAUAUACCAGUUGGAUCCGCCUGGAAUGAACGAAACACGAGCGCAGAUGGGUGGCUUACUGUGCAAAGUCUUUCUCAGGUAUCUCGACAGACUGAACGACAUCCCACUUCUUCCUCGGAGCGAAGAUGAUGAGGAAGGGGAUGACGAGGAAGGGGAAACCGAGCAAGGUGACGAAGAGCAGCAGAAGACUACCGCCACGGCAAAGGGCCAAGGCGGCGGCAACAAAAUGACCGACGUCUGGAUCAAGACCCUUGAACUUCUCGAUCGUCUGAUGAACGCCGGCACCGUGGUUGAACAGCAAGGCGACGCACUUGCUGAGGCUGUCCGUGAGGGAGUGAAAAAUACGCUACUCGUCAUGGAUGGGGCGGGUUACCUUGGUCGCACGGAACAGGCUGCCGGGAUAAGCCAAUCUCCCCGCAGCCCGCGUGCUCUGGACGACAAUGGGCAGAUUCAAAUCUGGCCCGAGACGGUGAGGCGCUUGGAUAGGUUCCUACCGGGUCUGGUGCAGGAGCUGUUCCCUCCGGAACACGAACCUGAGCCUGAACAUACUCCUGCGGCUACUACUUCUGGUAGCGGCGGCGGCGAAGACGAGAAUCGUAAACCAGGGCAGCAGCAGCAGCGUGUCAGCAUUGGGUCACGACCGCAGACGAGAGAUGGCGAAAAGAGAUGA